AUGGCAAAUUUAAAUGUUGGGCAAACUAUAUCAAAAUACGAACAUUUUAUUAACGAUGUGCUAAAAGAAGAUCUUCGUUUAUUGGAAUCAAAAUUGCAGUACAUAAAUGCUGAAAUAUCUGACUUGAUACAACAGCGACACGCGUUGAAAGUACUUACAGAUAAAAAUCUAAAUCCAAAUGGUUUUAAAACACAACUUAACUUAGGUUGUAAUUUUUUUAUGGAAGCAUCUGUAACUGAUACAUCAAAACUUCUCAUAAAUAUUGGUUCUAACAUCUUUUUAGAGUUUACAAUUGAUGAAGCAUAUAAAUAUUUAGACGCAAGAAUAAAAGCAUAUGAGCAAAAAUCAGAAGAGCUUCGCAAUAAAGCUGUGGAAACCAAAGCUCACAUUAAAUUGAUGUUAUUUGGUAUUGAUGAACUACAAACUCAAAGCAACAAUGUG